AAAUCUAAUAUUUCUCCCUGGCACUAGACCUAGACACAGGCGCACAGUAAAUCUUCUCUAUAUACCCAAACAACAGUCAUUCGUUUAUCCCAGUUUGUUUUAGCUGUGACUGCAACAUCCACAAAUAUAUAGAAGCAUCUCCCAGUUGAGUUGAAAUAGUGCUGUUCAGUAGGCUAGCUGUCAAACAUUUUGCGUGCCGGGUGGUCGAUAUUAGACCAAUAAGAAACACUUCGAAUUGCGUGGAAGCCCAAAGGAGAAAAGAUGCUACCGACUCGUGUGGGAAUCACCGGGCUGACAGCAUGUUGCCUGGUGUUGCUCUCCCACUGUUUUGCUCCUACAGAUGCUGCGUAUACAUGUGGGACAAGUCAGUUCAGGUGUGGCAACGGGAAAUGUAUCACCAGCCGGUGGGUGUGUGACGGAGGUGAUGACUGUGGUGACGGAACUGACGAGCUGCCAGCCGCCUGUGAGGCUAAGACCUGCCUGCCCACUGAGUUCAGCUGCGGAGGCCCACUGAACAAGUGUGUCUCCGGAACGUGGCACUGUGAUGGCAAAGCUGACUGUGACAAUGGAGCUGAUGAGAAGGGCUGUGCCGCAAAGAACUGCACCGACAACGAGUUCCGCUGCUCCAACGGUCAGUGCAUCGCCGUCUCCUUCGUGUGCGACAAGGACAACGACUGUUCCGAUGGUUCUGACGAGACUUCCUGUCCCACCGCCACCUGCGGUCCCAACGCCUUCCAGUGUAACAACACUGUGUGUGUACCGCGUCUCUGGGCCUGCGACGGCGACGCCGAUUGUGCCGACGGUUCAGACGAGUGGCCCCAGAACUGUGGCGGGAGGGACACCAAACCGACAACAAAGCCCUGUGGGCCACAUGAAUUCCACUGUGGGAGUGGGGAGUGUAUCCAUAGGAGUUGGAGCUGUGAUGGAGGCAAGGACUGUCAGGAUAAUUCAGAUGAAACCAACUGCAGUCGGCCCACUUGCCAGCCAGAUGAGUUUCAGUGUAAUGAUGGCUCCUGUAUCCAUGGUAGCCAUCAGUGUGACCGGCAGUUUGACUGCAGGGAUCUGAGUGAUGAGAUGGACUGCAAGAGCGUGGAUGCGUGUGAGGGCCCGAAUAACUUCAGGUGUAAGAGUGGGGAGUGCAUCACCGUGGACAAGGUGUGCAACGGGAAGAAAGACUGCCGAGACAUGUCCGACGAACCUAUCCGGGAGUGUGGAAACAACGAGUGUUUGACCAAUAACGGCGGUUGCUCUCACACCUGUACCGACCUGAAGAUUGGCUUCAAUUGCUCCUGUCCUGCUGGGUACAGUCUGGGGAAGGACAACAGGAAAUGUGAAGACAUUGAUGAGUGUGCUGACCCAGACACCUGUACCCAGAUCUGUGUGAACAUCCUGGGAAGUUACAAGUGUGAGUGUGAGGAGGGAUAUGAACUGGACCCCAAGACCAAGACCUGCAAGGCUGCCACAGGUACUGUCCCCUACCUGUUGUUCACCAACCGCCACGAGGUGAGGAAGAUGACUCUGGACCGUAGAGAGUACGUCCCUCUCAUCCCCAGACUGAAGAACGUGGUGGCCCUGGACAUGGACAUGCCUGGACACAAGAUCUUCUGGUCUGACCUGUACCACAGGAAGAUCUACAGCGCCGACAUGAACUUGGCAGGGAACUCCUCCCACCACAACGUGGUGAUUGACAGCCAGAUGGAGUCGCCGGAGUGCCUGGCCGUCGACUGGAUUCACGGUAACAUCUAUUGGACGGACAGUGAGCUCCAGACCAUCUCCGUGGCAACCACAGACGGAACACGGCGAAAGACAGUGAUCAGCGAAGGACUGGAGAAACCAAGAAGCAUCGUGGUGGACCCAGCCAAUAACUUCAUGUACUGGACUGACUGGGGCAACGAGGCCAAGAUCGAGAAGAGUGGGCUGAACGGAGCCGACCGCGUCGCCUUGGUAACGGACAACAUCAUGUGGCCCAACGGCAUCACUCUUGACAUGGUUAACCAGCGUCUGUACUGGGUGGACUCUAAGAUGCACACCCUCUCCAGCAUCGGCGUAAAUGGAGAAGGACGACACACACUCAUCUACAACGAGGACAAGCUGGCUCACCCCCUCUCUCUCGCCGUCUUCGAGGAGAAAGUAUUCUGGACCGACAUGGGUGACAGAGCGGUCAUGAGCGCCAACCGCCUGACAGGAAAUGACAUCACUGUACUGGCGGAGGACCUGAUGCAGCCAGAGGACAUCAUUGUAUACCACAACCUCAAGCAGCCCAUCGGAAAGAACUGGUGCACAGAGAAAAACUUUGUGAAUGGAGGUUGUGAGUUCCUAUGUCUACCUGCUCCCCAGAUCAACCAACACUCCCCCAAAUACACCUGUGCCUGUCCUGAUCACAUGACCCUCGGCCUGGACAUGAGGAAGUGUGUGGCAGCUCCAACAACUACCGCUCCCUCCACCACUCCCAAAACUGCAGCUCCCAUCCCUACCAGGGCCCCAACCAAACAGCCAGCCGGCCCCACUUCCACCACAACUACAACUACCACAACUACCUCCUCCGCCCGCCGGGCCCAGCCUCAGGACCCUGAUAGGUCCUCGACCACUCACAGUCCACAGGAAACUGCGGUCACAGGUCAAAGUGGCUAUGUUGCCAUGCCCAAAGUAGCUGAGGCAUCAUACCAUACUGUGCUCUACAUUGUCUUACCUAUCAUGAUGAUGUGCCUGGUGCUGUUUGGUGCAGUGUUGCUAUGGAGACACUGGAGGCUGAAGAACACCAACACCAUCCACUUUGACAACCCCGUGUACCAGAAGACCACAGAGGACGAGUUGCACAUCUGUAGAAACCACAGCCAGGACGGAUACACCUACCCACAGAGACAGAUGGUGAGCCUGGAAGAAGACCUGGCAUGACUAGUAGAAGAAGAAGAACAAGUGGAUAUGAAGAAUUGUAUUUAAAGAGAGAUUUUUGUUUGAAAAAGUGACAAACAUAAACCGAUGGAGGUCAUUUUAACCCUAAUGCUACUGACACGUCCUUUCCAAUCCUAUGAUGAUGACCUCAUCUCGAUGACCUAAGUUCCUGGCUUCCUGUUCCGAAGAUUCCGUUCCGACCUCAACACUGUGCUGCCAUCCAAGACGAAGAAGAAGGAAAAAAGAAACUCAGAAAGAAUAACUUGGUUGCCGUGGAAACCCACCCCCAAAACAAGGAAUGGAUGAAGAAGAAACAUAUACAAACGGAAUCACACAAAAAAUGACUUGGUAGCGUUGUGGUCUCGAACAACCCUGAAGAGAAAAACAUCUGGAGGCCAUUUUGUCAAACAUCGGAAGGACUUGAAAAUGAAAGACACAGUAAAUGCACAGUUGGACUGUAGUCGUCCGUUCUUUCAUAAUGUAAGAGUUCUUACCUAGGUGGCCUGGUCCCAAAUGUAUGUAUUUUAGGCUAACUCCUCGUCAGAGAGAAGAAUAAAUGUCUAAGCACAUAAUGCACAGAUUUGGUACCAGGCUAGGUCCUGGACCUUGGCUCUUUGACACAAGGAAGUUAAAAAUGACAACCAUCUAACACAGCUUCAACUUUGUUUGUUUUUGUUACAUAUCACUUAGCAGCUCUUUUGUAAAUGAGUGUACAUUUGGCUACUUACUGUAAGAUAGGCAAACCUUUGUUCUAAUGUUGCAUAAGAUUGUGCAUAGCACUGUACAGAAGACGUCCUACACUUCCAACCCAUUUGAUUCUUGAGUUCAGUUGGAUCCCACUUCCUUUGUCAGCCUGACGAAAGCACUAGAAAACACAAUUAGCACGACAUGAAGGAUGUGUUGAAGAUUGUGGGUUUCAAACAGGCUGCAGUCAAAAAGCUGUCUUGUCAUAUCUUUUGAAGGUCGAAAACGGUACCUAGUUUGUAUGUUUAUGGUGUACUUAACAAUGGACAUUGAGACCUCUGGAUGGCCUUACCAUCUGACAUUGACACAUGCACGUGCCUAGUCACUUAGCACUGAACAUCACCACAUCUUAAAGUGGAGACUUUCCCAGGGGGGACAUUGAACUAUGGUGUGACACUACUCUGAGCUGAAACGUGUGAGUUGUCGGCCCUACUCUGAGAUGAAACGUGUGAGUUGUCGGCCCUACUCUGAGGUGAAACAUGUGAGUUGUCGGCCCUACUCUGAGAUGAAACGUGUGAGUUGUCGGCCCUACUCUGAGCUGAAACGUGUGAGUUGUCGGCCCUACUCUGAGAUGAAACGUGUGAGUUGUCGGCCCUACUCUGAGGUGAAACGUGUGAGUUGUCGGCCCUACUCUGAGGUGAAACGUGUGAGUUGUCGGCACUAAUCAGAGCUGAAACUUUUGAGUUGUCAUUGGUCUCUUUACAUAUUGGUGCCUUUGCCAUCAUUAAUGCAAGCAUUUCUAUACUCACUCCAGCAAUGUGUGUAAUGUCUAGUGACGUACAUGUUCUUACGGUAUGUGGUAUAUAGUGUCUAGUAGAGCCCAAAUGCCUUAUGACCUCCUUUCACUAUAGUCAACUAUAGCUGACAUGAUAGUUCUCUUGCCUUGGCACGUGCAGCAGACAUUGUCUCUUGGUAAAUAUGAUCUUAUAGCCCCUGUCAACUGUUGCCUUACACAAGUUAGUGAGUUGAGUUGUUGCCUUAUUGCCUUCUAUCUGGUUAUGGCUUUACACGCCUUGUGCAUUUUUGAUAUAUUCCAAUUUGUGCAUCAACAAGUUACAUCCAAAUCAAUAAAUCGAUGAGCAUUGUUUUUGUGGCCAAUUUUAAAGAUGGCUGAAUGCCUGUAGCUGAAGGCUAGUUGAAGGCCAGCAGCUGAAGGCCAGCAGCUGAAGGCCAGCAGCUGAAGGCCAGUAGCUGAAGGCCAGCAGCUGAAGGCCAGUAGCUGAAGGCCAGCAGCUGAAGGCCAGUAGCUGAAGGCCAGCAGCUGAAGGCCAGUAGCUGAAGGCCAGCAGCUGAAGGCCAGCAGCUGAAGGCCAGCAGCUGAAGGCCAGCAGCUGAAGGCCAGCAGCUGAAGGCCAGCAGCUGAAGGCUAGUAGCUGAAGGCUAGUUGAAGGUCAGCAGCUGAAGGCUAGUUGAAGGCCAGCAGCUGAAGGCUAGUUGAAGGCCAGUAGUUCAAUGCUAGUUGAAGGCCAGCAGCUGAAGGCUAGUUGAAGGCCAGUAGCUGAAGGCUAGUUGAAGGCCAACUAAAAGCCACUGGUUUAUGUCUGUAUGCUGCUCACUGUUCUAAAGAGUUAAGCCAUGAAGAAAACACCUUCCGUUUGAUUUUUUUAUUGAGGUGGAAAGCUGACAAAAUAAAUUAUGGUGAAUGAUGUUGAAUGACAUCCUGGUAUGAUAUGAAGAUACUAAUUAUUAUUUUUGAGAAUAUGUAUAUAGUUUGUAUGUUUCUGUAAAUACUACAUCCUCAGUUCACUGUGGUAUCACCCUGUUAAUUUUGUACAUUUUAAAACGUGAAAAAUAUGUUGUACAUAUUACAGAUUUGUUUUAUUUAUUUAUAUAUAUAUACACAUGUAUAAAUAUCUUGAUUGGAUGUUUUAUUUUCCUAAGCUCUCGUGUCUACUGUGAAUGGUUACACAGUUGUUAAUAUUGUCCCAUCAUCAUAACCAACCAACCAAUGUUCAUUAUCUUGAUUCAUUAUCCAUUGAAUCAUUAUCUUGGUUGUGUGAAUGACACUGCUGGUUCUGAACAACAGUGUAAAGUUCAGAUC